UCACCUGAAAUACAGGUUAAGUCUUGGGAAAUAUUUCAAAAUCAAUUUAAUUAGUUCUACUUUGAUGGAACAUUCAAAGUUACCACAAAAAGCUUUCAAUACAGGACAACAGGAUCCAAGAGCAUCAAACUCAUUAUAUGGUUACCACGCAGAACCAACUUUUCUGAACAAAGUUGAGAAAAAAAAUACCAGUAUGACCAAAUAUACAGCUGAAGGCACAAGUUCUGCGCAAAGUUUUUCAGCACCAGGAGCCGAAGGUUUGAUUAUCUUUUUUAUCGUUUCUUAUAAGGAACAGUUCAGUAUUAAUUUUUAGCUUGAUGGCAUUUAAUAGUAAGUAGUUUUUAUGUCAACA